GAAUCUCGGCGCGAAACCUGAGUGCCCGCCAAGGCCUUGACUUCAGCGCGUCCUAUGCACGCCAAGUGCAGUUCAGCCCGGGCCAGACCGAGGCCGAGUGGCGACUGCGUCUGCUGGACGACGCGUCCUUCGAGCGCCACGAGGAGUUCCUCGUCGUGCUGGGACAGGCACUGAAGGCCGCCACCGAGUACUCCAGGACAAGGCCUUGGUUUCCCUGCACGAUGCAGAGGAUGAACCGACAAUGUCUUUUGCCGAAACUAACGUAACUGUGUAUGAGGACAGCGGGGAGGUGCUGCUCACAAUACACAGGCACGGCGACGUUAGCACGGACACCAGCGUACUCUGCGUCACACAUCCAGGUACGGCCUCGGGCACUCAGCCAUCGCCACUGGAAUCCUACUCGGACUACGUGGCCAGACCGAUGAGUCCAGGCAGCCUCGUGCGCUUCCGUACCGACGAAGCGGUGAAGACGUGCCGCGUGGCCAUCAUCGACGACUCUCUCUACGAAGAGGCCGAAAACUUCACCGUGAGCUUGAUUUCGCCCCAGAAUGGACGGGUCGGAAAGAACGGCUCUGCGGUCAUCACCGUCGCUCCAGACCCCCGAGAUGCCCCGUACUUCUACUUCGAGAAGCCAAACUACGAGGUGGACGAGAGUGCGGGAAGCUUCGAGGUGACCGUGCUUCGAGAUGGCUCAGACCUUAGGAUUACUUCGUCAGUGAUGGUGCGCUCGAAGCAGAUGUCUCCACCGAGUGCGCAAGCCGGCAGCGACUACAUCGCCGUGGGGAAGCUGGUGCGGUUCCCUAGCGGCUCAACGUCGCAGACAGUGGAGGUGGUGCUUCUCGACGACUACGGCCAGCCCGACCUAGAGUUCAUCGAGACCUUCCAGCUAGUGCUGCGCUCGCCCGUCAACGCGACGGUCGGCACACCGGGAACCGCCGUCGUCUCCAUCAAUGACACGCUGUCCGACGUGCCGAAGAUGUUCUUCCUAGAAGAAGAGUACGUGGUGGACGAAGAGGCCGGCUCCCUCUCGGUGCCCGUGGUUCGCACGGGCGACACCAGUCAGCAGUCGUCAGUGCGCUGUUACACGCGCCAGGGGUCGGCGACGGUCGACCUGGACUUCGAGGAAAGGCCCAACACCGACCAGUCCCUCAUCGUCUUUGACUCCGGCGAGCGUCGCAAGAUGUGCGUGCUCCACAUCAGAGACGACCAUGUAAACGAGGGACUUGAAGAGCUGCGCCUAGUGCUUGGCUCUCAGCGCAGUGACACAGCAGGCAUGGCGAUGCUUGGAGAGCCCAACGUCGCCAAGAUACGCAUCCGAGACGAGUCCGACCAGCCCGUGAUUCAGUUCCGGCAGACGCGGACGACCGUGAAAGAACCCCGAAACCCGGACGAUGUUGUGAGUCUUGCCAUAUCCGUGGUGCGGCUUGGUGACUGCAGCACCACGUCGGUGGUGCGGGUCUACAGCCGAGACGGAUCGGCCACAGCGGGUGCGGACUACCAGCCGCUGUCGCAGGAACUGACAUUCCACCCCCUCCUGAACGAGACCGUUUUCACGGUUCAGAUUCUCUACGAUGAAGCCAAGGAGCACAAGGAGGCCUUUACGCUCCACCUCAAGGGAGACGCCAAGCGCAUAGCCAACGUGAAGGACUCCAAGAUGAUCGUGUACAUCGAGGACGUGCGCUUCCUGCCGGCGGUGACGUUCCCCUCUGAGCCGGUGGUGGUGUCCCUGCGAGACUACGACGACGCUGACGCAGCGUCGCCACAGCCAAUCCACGGAUAUCCGCUCAGCUGCAUAUCGUCGUGCAACCCCAAACAUCCGGACUACGUGCGCACGGGGCCUAUUUGCGCCAAGGAAGGCAUCAAUGACAGCUUCACGGAGUUCCACUGGAAAGUGGCCGCACCGGACGACUCGUCCGUCCUGCUGCGAGAUAUCCGGUCAAAGACCUUCUUCGCUCCCAUCAAAUCGAUCACGCUGGACAGCGUCUAUUUUUCGGCGGGAAGCCGAGUGCAGUGUGCCACGCGUGCCGUCAACACCGAUGGCGACGUGGGCCUCGAGGUCUACAGCACACCGGUCACUGUGGCCUUGGACGCCGGCCUGUGUAGGCCGCCCGAGGACAACUACGUAGGCGCUGAGCCUUUCACUGCCAGGCUGAGAUACACGGGCACGUCCGAUCUGCGGACGCCGAAUCGGAUUCAGAUAACGGUUCUGGUUCCACACCGGGAUGGCCUGCUGCCUGCCAUCUCGACGAGGCCCCUGUCCAACUUCGAGUUCGCCCUCAGCCCGAAUAGCCUGCGCACGGGGCUACACCGGUGCUCGAACCUGGUGGACGCCCCGGAAGCGUUCACUCCUCUGGGGUUCGUCACCAACGCGACGACGCUCGAUGGGCGUCUAGCGGCGGCCGAAGCGGCUGAGCCGUACCAGUACAGCGCCCAGAUGCGAGGACAGUCGACGCUCAGAUUCUACAGGAGCUUAGAUCUGGAGUCAUGUAUGUGGAACUGGACAGCUUUCUACACGCUGUCUGAGCUGGUUUCCGAGUGUGGAGGCUCUAUUAACCACGAUGGACAAGCCCUGAACCUGGUGCAGUCGUACGUGUCGAUGUCUGUACCAUUGUACGUGUCGUACGUGCUACAAUCGACUGCCGCAUCGGGUGGCUGGCAGCACAGCGACAUGGUCACCGAGCUCAAGAUCAGCUUCGUCUACAACACGGCCAUCCUCUGGGACCACGGCAUAUCCACAUACCUAGACUCUCACCUCAACGGCAGCAUAUACCCGACACAAAUGAGGAUCAACGAUAACGGACAACUAGUCGUGCGGUUUCGCACAGUCGCUGGCUUUCACGGACAGUAUAUCCUCGAAAGCAGAGAACUGAAAAAGAUGUCGUACGUCACGUCUGAAGAGCAGCCUGACGUCACGUUCACGCUGAAGCUCGUACGACGAGACGCAACUUACAGCGGAGCCCAGCAGGAGUGGGAGUUCGUCUCGGACGUCGCUGUGAAGGACUACUCCGGCACCUACCGCAUCCACUUGGUGCCGUGCACGGUGCGCGAGGGCAGCCCGUUCUCGGAGCCGAUGCGCUGCACGCCGCAGGAGCCGGUGCCCUUCGAGCUGCCCAUCCACUUUCAGCAAGUGAGCGAUCCGGUGCCCACCCGUUUCUCGCUGGACACGCAGUUCCACAUCACCCGGCGCCGCGAUGUCUGGUUGCGGCGCCCCGAGCAGCAGCGCCCGGACGACGACGACGACGUGGACGUCUCCUUUGCGCCCGGCGACAACAUUUAUGGCAAGAUAAUGGUGAGCCCACUGCAAAGCCUGGGCCAUUCGUUCAAGCUGUUCAUCGAGAAGUGCUUUCUCUGCACCGGAGUCGACGGAUACAUCCCGCGCUACGACCCGGACAACGAUGACUACGGGUGCAUUGCCGAGUCGCCAAACCUACGUUACAUCAUCAAGAUUAUUGACAAGGAGUCAUCGAGCAGCGUCUCGUCGCAGCUUCACGGCGCGCCCUUCAAUGCCACGCUGGUGUCUCAGAGCCGCGACGCCGACCUCGCCGCCAUCGAGAAGGACCCGGGCGCUGACGGCUUCUACUUCCUCGCGGACCCUCUCUUUAAGGUCGCCUCAGGGACCCUUUGGUUCAUCCAUUGCAUCUACACGCUUCGCGGUAAAGAAGGUGUCGGCUCCAAGAGGUUUGGCAAGCGUCACGCACCGGCGGGCGACUGGUUCCCACAGCAGCGCCACCGUCGGUCGGUGCUCGUCGAGAGCAUCGGAAAGGACGGCCGGGGCACAAACAUGCACCAGAUCGUGCUCUCGGACGUUCUGCAGAGCACGUGGACGUAUCGGUCGGACGGCGACUCGACGACCGAUCUGCCGUGGCUCAUGGCACCGUGCGUGCUGGUGGCCGCGUUGGUGAUAGCGCUCACAAUCGCCGUCGUCGUGUGCCGGAAGCGACGCAGUUCCGCCAGCCUGACGUCAUCCGGAAACGGCGCGGUGACCGUGUGCUGUUCUGGAAAGAGCCGCGUCUGCGCUUCCGGCUACUCUCCAAACAUUACCGCGACAGAAGUGUGAGGACACUUAAGAAGUGCUCGAUGGGCACCAAACGAGGUGAUGCCAAUGGUUCGAAGCGGCACAAGCGUGGACUACUGAAGCACCCGUGAUUCAAUGCAUCUAUACGUGUGCUCAGCUGAAACCCUACCACUGCUUGAGAGGCUGUAUAUCUCAGUUCAACGCUGUGCGUUGUAAAACCAAGCGAACAUUGACAUCAUAGUCACUUUUGAAGACGAAUGGUUCCACACCAUAAAUUAGCUGUCAUUACGCGCCACCUCAUUGGCAUGCACCCAAUGAAUAUUGCAGCUUUUCAGAUUACAGUAUUUGAGUCUUUCUCGUGUUAUUAGAAUGUGAUCUUUACGGUUAUCUUAGCAUUCAGGUCUAGAUUGUUUGUAGCAUUCAAGAAACCUUACUGUGGGUUCGCCUUCAUGACAAUCUUAACUAAGCGGGCAAGUAAGAUUUUUAUAGAGGCUGCCAUAUCAGUGCCCACGCAAAUGUCUUUGCAAUGUCUCUAAAGCAGCCUAUGUGUAUAUAAAGCUUGACAAAUAACGCUAGAUGUCACAUGAACGAAAAACAAAAACCUCACAAGAAUGUGAGUAUCUUGUACUUUGCGUUUUCCAACAUGGAGGAGUGCCUUCAGAAAGAUUGCAGAACAGUGCAAGACCCAAGAGCUUCAGGAAUUCAUCAGUUUAAGCCGAUCUUCCGUUCGAGACACCUGGAAGUACCAAAUGAAAGUAAGCAGUCUUGCGCCACAAGUUAUUAUCCACCAUCUCCAUGCCAUAACGAAAACUGAACUUUGGAGGAAACGCGUCAAGCCCGGUGGCCGUUCCAGCUCGUUUUUCCCUUCACGUGUAGGUGUGCUUGAGUGAAUGGUGAGUGCAAAGACGCGAAAACUAUUCGCGCCGGUCUAGAGUGCAGAUUUCAUGUCAUCCUAUCACUGCCGACCAGAAGUUUUUGGUUAGUACAAACAAGCUUGCCCACAGCGAGCAACAUCUCUGGACACUGUUUCAUCGUGUGCCCUACAUCUCAUCUUCAGAUAUGUGUGCCUGCCACAAGUGAGGAUCACGUUUUCUUGUGUGAUAAAGUCGUUCUCCAUGUACGCAAAA